AUGGCUGUUCCCAACGCGGAGCGGUCACUCGCGACACUUCGUAUCGCCGGCUGCCCAGGAUCGGUGGCAGACCGCCGCUACGCGAUGAAGGAUAUCGCAGCAGGUUAUUCACAUGAUCCCGUGCAUGUCACAAUAGGGGACUGGAUGUCGGAAGGGAACAUGACAACCCUUGCAGCCCAGAAGUCAAUGGUACCGCUACGAUUGCAGGGGGCUGGUGGUACCUACGAGCCGUCAUUUCUCGAAGCGCUUGAGCCUGCCAUUUCAGAUAUUGCGCGCUACAAAUUCCGCGUCGCCGUCAAUGCCGGCGUAACCAACACAAAAGCGCUAUAUGAUGCGGUCGUCGUGCAUACUGGUUCCACCCCCUGGGAGCGGUCUGACCUGGAGAAACUCGCCAACGCCCUCGUCGCGGAUCGUCUCAUCGAGUACUCGAUGUACGUCACGGGUGGCAACUAUAGCGGCUUCAAGAGCCUCGAGAGCAAGAGUGGUGAAAUUGUGGUCACGAAGACAAAGAAGCUUGGCCGGCGAACCAUCUUAAACGGGAUUCACUUCGAACAGUUGGACACCGAUCGGGUUUUGGUCACGGGCGUCAAGGCCGAUCUCCCUCCUCCAACGACGAAAGUCGGUAUUACGGCGCACGGCGGCUAUCAAGUUGAGGUCCACUGGUUCAUGGUCGGCUUGGACAUCAAUGCCAUAGCACGAAUGCUAGAAGCACAGAUCCGCAAUGAGCUCGCUCUACACAGGAGUAAGUUCCUCCAAACUAGAGUUCACGAAGAACGGCAGCUCGCCAGAGAACCCGACAAAUCAGAACAGCGCAACGGUCGAUGUCAGGGUCUCCGUCCCAUCGUCGCCAGCCGCUGA